ACGUAUAAAAUAGUACACCAAAAGAAAUUAGGGUUUGAAAACCAGCUUCUGGAAAAUAAUUGGUGAUUUCACCGGAGAUAAUUGGGGAUUUUGCCGGAAUAAGCUAGUGUACCGGCGGUUUCCUGAUUCCGGUUGCUUCCGGUAGCGGUGUAUAGCUUUAGCCUUCCGAGUUCCAACUAUCUAAAUGGAAGAGUUGAAGCACAAGUCGAAGAGAGAAGACGAAUCGAAGAAGCGUCACCGUGAUAAGGAGGAUCGAGAUCGCGACAAGAGGGACAGAGACCAUCACCAUCGUGAUAAGAAGGAUAGAGAGACAGAGAAAAGCAGCCGCUAUGAAAGAGAGAAAAGUGCUGAUAGAGAUAGGGCAAAGCACAAGGAUAGGCACAGUAGAGGAGAUAAGGAGCGUGAAAAGAGCAGCAAGGUUCGUGAUGAUGAUGAAAGACCUCGAGAUAAAGUUAAAGAGCGAGAAAAAAAGGAUAAGGAAGAUCGCGAAGAAAGAGAGAGGGAGAAAGAGAGGGAAAGAGAGAAGGAGAGGGAGAGGGAGAGGGAGAAGGAGAGGAAGAGAGAUAGAGAGAGGAGAGAAAGGGAGAAGGAGAAGGAGCGGAAUCGUGAAAAGGAUAGACACCGGGAAGUAUAUGAAAAGGGCAGUGAUGAUGAAGUUGAUGACAAGGAUCGUGAAAGGAAGAGGCGAAAGAGGGAUAAUGAUGAUCAUCAUAAGGAGAGGGAUCGUGAAAGGAGUAGCAAACCAAACAACAGGCUCAGGGAAGACAGCACUGAUGAAGUAUCAGCAGAAAAGAAUCAGAAGAGUCGAGAAGAGGAUCUAGCGGAGGAGCAAAGGAAAUUAGAUGACGAGAUGGAGAAGCGAAGGAGGAGAGUUCAGGAAUGGCAAGAGCUAAAAAGGAAAAAAGAGGAGUCUGAGAGGGAAAAGCUUGGGGUUGAUGCAGGUGCUGAAGAACCUAAGUUGGGCAAGACUUGGACAUUGGAUGGUGAGUCUGAUGAUGAAGAUGCUGAGGGGAAAAUUGGCAUGGAUAUUGAUAUGGAUGAUAGUGCCAAGGUCAUGGAUGAAGAAAAUGGAGCUGACAAGGUAGUUAGUUCUAGCAUUGGAUCUGAUUCCCCUGUUAUUCAGAAUGGCGGUGAUGGUUUAGUUGACGACGAUGAGAUUGACCCGUUAGAUGCUUUUAUGAACUCUAUGGUUUUGCCUGAAGUUGAGAAGCUUAACAAAUCUGUAGUCAAUAGUUUGGAUGGUGAAAGUUCCAGUUUGAAAGAGAGAAAGAGCAAGGAAGAAAAGCCUAAGAUGAGCAUGAAGAAAACCAUGGGAAGAAUUAUCCCUGGUGAAGAUUCAGAUUCAGAUUAUGGGAACAUUGAGAAUGAUGAAGAUCCUUUGGAGGAAGAAGAUGAUGAAGAAUUUAUGAAACGGGUGAAGAAAACCAAGGUUGAGAAACUAUCAUUAGUGGAUCAUUCAAAGAUUGAAUAUCCUCCUUUCAGAAAGAACUUCUACAUAGAAGUUAAGGAAAUUUCAAGAAUGAGUGCUGAAGAGGUUUCUGCUAACAGGAAACAACUGGAAUUGAAGAUCCAUGGCAAGGACGUUCCGAAACCAAUCAAAACAUGGCAUCAGACAGGACUGUCCUCCAAGAUGCUAGACACUAUCAAGAAGCUGAAUUAUGAGAAGCCCAUGUCUAUUCAAGCUCAGGCUCUGCCAGUAAUUAUGAGUGGCCGAGAUUGUAUUGGGAUUGCUAAGACAGGUUCUGGUAAAACUCUGGCAUUUGUAUUACCAAUGCUGAGACAUAUUAAGGACCAGCCUCCUCUGAUGUCUGGAGAUGGUCCUAUUGGGCUAAUAAUGGCCCCUACUAGAGAGCUUGUGCAGCAAAUUCAUAGUGAUAUUAAGAAGUUUGCAAGAGUGAUGGGUCUCACCUGUGUACCUGUGUAUGGAGGUUCGGGUGUUGCUCAACAAAUAAGUGAAUUGAAACGAGGAGCCGAAAUUGUUGUGUGCACUCCAGGUAGGAUGAUUGAUAUACUCUGUACAAGUGGUGGGAAGAUUACAAAUCUGCGAAGAGUAACCUACUUGGUCAUGGAUGAAGCUGAUCGGAUGUUUGAUAUGGGAUUUGAACCUCAGAUCACAAGAAUUGUCCAAAACACACGGCCGGACCGUCAAACAGUCCUGUUCUCUGCAACUUUUCCUCGUCAGGUCGAAAUACUAGCCCGUAAAGUGUUGAACAAGCCUGUUGAAAUACAGGUAGGUGGUAGGAGUGUUGUGAACAAGGAUAUAACACAAUUGGUUGAGGUGAGGCCAGAAAGUGAUAGAUUCCUUCGUCUUCUUGAAUUACUUGGUGAAUGGUAUGAAAAAGGUAAAAUUUUGAUAUUUGUUCACACACAGGAGAAAUGUGAUGCUUUAUUUAGGGAUUUGCUCAAGCAUGGCUAUCCCUGCCUCUCCCUUCAUGGGGCAAAGGAUCAGACUGAUCGUGAGUCCACCAUAUCUGACUUUAAAAGUAAUGUAUGUAAUUUGUUGAUUGCUACUAGUAUAGCAGCUAGGGGCUUAGAUGUCAAGGAGCUUGAACUGGUAAUCAAUUAUGAUGUUCCGAACCAUUAUGAGGACUAUGUUCAUCGUGUUGGGCGGACUGGUCGAGCUGGUAAGAAAGGUUGUGCCAUCACAUUCAUAUCCGAAGAUGAUGCAAGAUAUGCACCUGAUCUUCUAAAAGCUUUACAAUUGUCGGAGCAAGUUGUUCCAGAUGACCUGAAAUCUCUUGCUGAUAGUUUCAUGGCAAAGGUUAAUCAAGGACUUGAGCAAGCACAUGGGACUGGUUAUGGUGGUAGUGGUUUUAAAUUUAAUGAAGAAGAGGAUGAAGUGAGAAGAGCAGCCAAAAAAGCACAGGCAAAAGAAUAUGGAUUUGAGGAAGAUAAAUCAGAUUCAGAGGAUGAAGAUGAAGGAAUAAGAAAAGCAGGUGGUGAUCUCUCUCAGCAGGCUGCCCUUGCUCAGGCUGCUGCUCUUGUUGCUGCUUCCAAAGCGAGUAUGGCUUCAGCAGCAGCUCCAGUUUCAGCUGGUCAGCUUCUUCCCAAUGGUGGAUUACCUGUUGCAUUGCCUGGUGUACUUGGUAUUAAUAUUCCAGGUGCAACAGCAGUUACUGCUGGGAAUGGACUGUCAGUUGGCUCUAAUGAUGUGACAGCCAGAGCAACAGCAUUGGCAGCUGCCUUAAACUUGCAGCAUAACUUAGCAAAGAUUCAGGCCGAUGCAAUGCCUGAACAUUAUGAAGCAGAGUUAGAGAUAAAUGAUUUUCCUCAAAAUGCUCGUUGGAAGGUUACACACAAGGAGACUCUGGGUCCUAUUUCUGAAUGGACAGGAGCUGCCAUCACCACUCGAGGACAGUAUGUUCCACCUGGCAAGGUACCAGGGUUUGGGGAAAGGAAGCUGUACUUGUUCAUUGAAGGCCCCACGGAGCAAUCUGUCAAGAGAGCAAAAGCAGAAUUAAAACGUGUUUUGGAGGACAUUACCAUGCAAGCAUCAUCACUUCCUGGUUCGGCUCAACCGGGCAGAUACUCAGUUGUAUAAGAAGGAAUGCAGUUGUCAUUUGAUGUUUCAUUUUUGUCUAUUAUCUUUUCCGGGCAAAUUAUUUCCUAAGUUUUGUUACUCGAUUUAGAGAUGACUUACUUUGUAAUGAUAUAAACAGGUUUAACUAGAUACAUGAUUCUCAGUGAUCAACCAUGGUUAGUUCCUCUCCUAUAUUAUUUUAUAAAUCCUGUUCUCUUCAACUUGAUUCAAUUAUCUGUAUUACUUGAUUCCUUUACUGAUAGUACCAUCAAAGCUGCUAUUUGAAUUGAAACUGCCACAGGGAGAUUACGUAGAGUUGCACAGGAAGAAGCGUGGUAUUCAGUCACCCCGACUAAUAUCUUGUUAGGAAAGAAAACUGUGGUAACUUUUAUAACACAAUUACUUGAAUUUCAAUUUACUCAUGUUAUAGAGUAGCAGAAUUGCUUGAAUUUCCAUGCAUGGGGAAUCAUCAUAUGCACAAGGUUGAUGAUGAUGUUCAUGAAGGCACUGUUCCAGUAUACCUAAUGGACUGUGAGACGACUACAAGAGCAAAGGUCAGGUCUAUUGCCGAGGACAAGAUGUUAAGAAUGGUAAGAUCUUGUAAAAGGAAAAUUAUGUACUGUUCAGUCAUCUAGUUUCAUUUGCUUAGUUGGUUAAACUGAAUUUACUUGCUGCUGCUAGCACGUGCCCAAUGUUCUUAACUUUCCCUUGUUAGAGUCUACUUUCUAUGUACUUCUAUUUGUCUUUGAGGUUGAACGGAAUGUGUCUUUCUGACUUUUUAAUGCUGUUCUCGUGUUCAUAUCCAAGCAAUGGAAGAGAAUGGUCACAAAAACAACUGUUAUUGGACCAAGUUUACCAAGAAACCUCCCAAGUUUGAGCGAUGUAUCCAUCCGACAGUUUUAUGUUUCAUGAAAGCUCCUGUGAAAACAACCUUCCGUUUUCAAUGAUACAUCCGAGUGUAUAAAUUUGAUGUUAGGUAUUGUUAUUCUCUUGCUGCCAAUCCAGGUAAAAGUCGGUAUAACUUGGUCUUGUCUCUUCUGCUGGAGAAGUCGUAUUAGGUUAAGAUGUGCUUUCAAUGCUUGUUACUCCAUGUUCACUUAAUUGCUCGUGAUUCAUUUCUUUCGGAUGGUAUGCAGGACAAUAGACUCGAGUGACGGAAUAGUCCUGAAAAUGAUGGUUUGUUUCAAUGCUGUUCUCCUUGUGCAGUAUUCGUGGACAGAGGAGAAAGGGAUCAUUUUUUGUGUUAAUUGACAUACAUAAUGAUCUCUAUGAAUCUCAUCAGAAAUUUUCUGAUGCAGGUUUUGACAGUGAUGUAGAACACCUAAGUAUUGAAGCAACUCUUGAAAUUUACCAUUCAUUUAUCCGAUAUGUUGUGUUUUACAGUCUGCUCUAAUGGUAAGAUCGUAUCACGUGAUGUGUGGGUUAUAGGAGCAUACACCAAUGGUUGAAUCUUGCUGCAAACAAAAUCGCGGUUUUAACUGGGAAAGGGUAGUGGGGGUGAGUCAAUUAUUCUUCGAGUUUUGAAUUGGUCUCCAUUAGCCCUCUGAGAUUUCUCAGUUAUAGAAAGGACACAACAAUCGUGUUCCUUUUCAAUCAACGUUUUAUGACAUCAAAUUCCAUGAGCUUUGAGCUAUCGUUGAUAUAGUAAACAAGCUUCACGACGGGCUAUAUCUUGUCUGAAAAAUGACAUUAAUGUUUUGCUUGAUCCA